AUGAGUGCCGACAAUGAACUAUAUGAAACCCAGGCCUACUCGUUGACGGGACUACCACACCGUGUUAACACGGCCACUGAACUUACCGGGAGAGGAGAAGAUAUUCUCGUAAAAAAUAUGACAGAGUCUAAAAUAAGGAACAUCACUGUUCCGAUGCCGUAUGAAAACACAGGAAACUUCCGUUUCAUGGGUAAAGUAAAAUCUAUGUUUGAUAUUGGUCAGGAUGUAUGGCUUCUGGAUGAUGAGAACAGGAUCGUUGUAUACAAUACCGAGGCAAGGUAUGUGUGUAAAACUAUACAUCUCCAUGAAAGUGUUCCGGAUUUCAGUCUUUGUCGGGACAACAUGAAGGCGUGGUAUUGCUCUCAAACUAGUAAUACGGUUGGGGAGAUAGAAUCAGAUCAGAAGAUUGUCCGCUUUACUGUUGACAAAAAGCCAUUGUCUUUGUGUGUUACUGCAGACUACCGUGUAGUGGUGGGCAUGGUCGGGGUACUCACCAUUUACACACCAGAUGGAGCUGAAGUAACGUCGGCCACAUCCACGGAGGACUACGUUGUCCGAACACCUCAUCGCAUUGCGGAGUGUCCGUCUACAAAUAACCUGGCUGUUAUUGACAUGGAUUGGAAAUCUCAUGGCGGUGACCAACGAUCUAGAGUUGUUAUAUUUGACAAGUUGUUGAAAAUUCUACAUAUUUAUUUUGGACGGAGAAAAUUUCCGGAACUGAGACCAGAUCUGGAUCGUAUCGAAUUGGCGUAUAGUCCGAGAGGUGUCUUCUACAACAAGGACGGGGAACUCUUCGUCAGCGAUUUCUACAAUCAUUCUGUCAUACGAUUAUCGGGAACUGGAACAUAUGAAGGAGAAUAUCAUAACUACAUGCCCACACCAACUGCUAUUUGUAACAAAUCAGCUGACGAAUUAUGGGUUCUACACCAACAUGACUGGGUUUUCGGCUACAUAUAUAGAUAA